AUGCCAUCUCCUGUCAACCCGCAGCGCCCCUCCAAUCGCGGGGGAGCCGCCAAAUUGUCCCCCACGAAGACAAAGCCCCUCGAUAUCGGCCGGCCCCUGGGAAUUUACGACACAAACUCUGUGCGAGAAAAGGUGCGCAAAUGGCAGCAGCAAGGAGGCGGGGUUAUAACUGCCAACGACGGUGUCUACUACGACGAUGAGGAGGAGAAUAACUCCGCCGCCGAAUCCAAAUCCAAACCGGCUCUUGAUACUCCCCUCGGCAACUCCAAUGGUUCAGUACGAGUCAUCAGUGACGAGCACUGGAAGCUAAAUCGGAAGUCCACGCAGGCCAAGACCUCGAAACUCCCAGCCCCCAAGCGCAUCUCCCAGUACACAACAAAUGAUGCACUAAGGCCACCGCAUAAAGCCGAGGGCGAGGAGGAUGGGGUGUCGUCUCCUCCGCGAAGUCGUGAACGCGACCGCUCCACGGAUCUUGCGACGAGGGAGCGGAGAAAGUCCCGCGCAUCGCGGGAUGUGGACACAAUACCAGAAAAUCGGGCGGAGGAAGAAAUUGCCUCGUACAAUGGAUCCUCGAAAUCGACAUCGCGACCAUCAACGGCGAAAGGCCAUACUCGUGCGAAGUCAGAGCAGCCUCAAAGUUCGAAGUACAAGGAUGCGCCGUUAGAUGACGACUCAGAAUGGGCGACGAGCGAGGCGGACUUCUCUGAAUUGUCAAGACGCCGCGCACGAGGUCCUAAUCCAACGUCGAAGGGCCGUACAGCUGUAAAACCACCCAAAGGGGGAAUACUCGGGCAUAUGAUCGAUGCAUCGAAAGAGAUAUUCUCCAAAGCUGAGCCACCCAAACCAGCACCAGUCCGGGGCGCGAAAAUCCAAGCCUGGCUGUCCAAUACCCCAGACCCCUUUAAGGAAGGAAUGGACUCGGACGUGGAGAUUCCAGCGCCUUUAAAGAUGAGAUCUGGUAACAACAAAUCGAACGCAAAAUCCGAACAAACGCACACUAGCGAUGUGGAGCAUUCCGUGGAUAGUGACACUCCCCGCAAAGAUGCGGCUUCACGGCGAAGCAAGAGAGACGGGGGUUCCCCGGCAAGCGACCGGGCCAAGCCGAAGCAGGAAACUGUCGUGAGCUCGGGAUCACGAAGAGAUAGUAGUUCCUCUUCGAAGAAGAAACAAGGUGAAAGCACAGGCAGUCGACAGUCAUCCAGAGGCAAAGAGCUUCCUAUCAGAGAACGCCCUCGUGAUAUGAGGGAUGAUGUGUCUGAGUCCGGAACUCAGCCGCUCUCUGAGGGCUCGGAAGUGUCUGGUAAUAAUGCGCCUGUACCUCUUGGGCGCACAAAGCCAUUCCCUGCCACCGGAGCACAUCCUCUGUCUACCAUCGCAUCUGUGGAGUCAAUGAGCAGAGGUGGCAAUCCAACAGCGUCAUCGGCUGCCGAAGCACAUGAUUCAUCAGCCAAAGCAAAGGAAGACGAUGAGGAACGGGACUCAUUCGAACCAAACUCACUCCCUGUAGUUUCGUCCCAGCUCAAAAGACGACUCACUACCCAUGAUGAUCUUAUCUCAGUUUUAUCCGCCCCUAAUAGCAGGAGCCGGAGCCUCCGGUCUGCGAGGAGCUUGAAGACGAAGAAUCGCGUGGUAUCAGAGACUAUUCCAGACAUACUCAAGGAGUUGUCUGCCGACGAAGCGAAGUACAUGCGUGAGCUGAAGACUUUAGUCGGCGGUGUGAUUCCUGUCCUCCUGACCUGCGUGCUUUCACGGUCUGAUUCUGCUAUUGCAGCUGGUCUCUUCCGCCCUUCAACGGACCCUAAAGACGAGGCCAAUUUCAGCAAGCCCAUUGUGGAUAUGGGAGUCGCCAUCGAGCGUUUGAAGACAUUGCACAAGCGGAUUCCCGAAGAAAACGUCGACGCACUACUCAACUGGGCACAAGGGGCGCAAAGGGUCUAUCGCGAGUAUCUCAAGGCCUGGAGACUAGGAUUCAAGGACGUUAUAGUGAACCUUGCGCCCCUUGAGGAAGGAGAAGGUGGCGAAAACGCUGACACUAGGAGCCUGGACGAAGGCAUGGCAAGAGACGAAAACGGAGAUGUUGUGGACAGUGACGGCGAAAAAGUCGAUGUUGCCUAUCUUUUGAAACGACCACUUGUUCGCCUGAAAUACCUUGCAAAGACAUUCAAGGGGAUUAAGGCGCUGCAACCAUCCCCCAAAGCAGAGGAAAUUGCAUCGGGUUAUCAGACCCUGGUGACAGAAGCUCGUCGUCGUGCGAGGGAGGAAAGAGCAAGGCUUGAAGACGAAUCGGCUGCUAGCAUUGAUGCAACUCGCGCGCGCGAUCCUGCAACAUUGGGUACUUUGACUGAGGUCACUGUGGACAGGUCUCGACGGGUUCGUGCCCGUGAUUUCUUCAACCUAUCCCUUUACCAUUCCAGUGGACAAGUGAUCGACUGCCGUGCAGAACUUCUCCUGAGAGAUGCAACCGCACAAAACAGAGGAGAAGGUGAUCUCCUAAUUUGCGAGAUUGAUCAUACGGAUCGCUGGCUACUGUUCCCGCCCAUAGCGCUGGGCUGCGUCUCUGCUCGGAACGGUGAUACAAAGGGUGAGAUUGUCGUCAUGUUGCGAAGUGCUCCAGGGCAAGAGAAACCAUGGCAGGAGCUCCUCAUUCUCCAGAUUGAUGAGGAGGAAAUCGGAAAUGAAUGGGUGCAGAUGCUGGGUCUAGUCCCUGUUCCACCAGCCAUCUGUCGUUCCCAGAGCUUUAUUGACCGAGCCAAGCAGCGGAAACGAGCACAAACUAUCUCAUCCUCCACUGAAGCUUCCCAGGCACAGAGAGCUCCUCCAAGUCCUACGAAUAUCAAUAUACCGAUCGGAGAAAAGGCCGACAUCCGGGCCAAGCGUCGAUCUCUGACCCCACGAGAUCAGUUCUCUGACCCGAGUACCGUUGUGUCUUCUUGCGCGAACGACUCGUAUGCAUCCUUGCAUACCGCAAUCACGCGUGACUCAGAUUAUGCUAUGGGAGAUUCGCCUCGGCCUCAACCUAUCCUUCAUGCUAGGGAGCCGCGGAAGAGUUUCACCAGCGAUGACAGACCCCACGGACUGAAACGCUCUAAGGCUAAGAGAAUCUCGCGUUACGGUGAAAGUAGUCCACCUACUCCCAUAGAACCAGCUCAGGACAAAGGUAAGGCCCGAGAAGUCGAAGAAGCACAACGCUUUGAAGAGAAGAAGCCCAAAGAACAAGAUCGCCCCCAAAGGCCGCCCAUGCCGGAUAGAAGGCUGUCCUCCGUGCCAUCAAUGGACCUGCCUGUAAUCCCCAAGCUCAGAAGAGGCAGUAGCCAGACAUACAUCUCCGAAUCCUUAGCAUCUACGUCAGAUGACGAAUACUCCGCGAUUGAGUCUCUCUAUCUUGCUGAGUCCCCGACAAGAAACAAGAGUGACUCUCGAGCGAAUUCAGACUCGGACCAGGAGGAGCCUCCGGCACCGCCACCGCAUUCUCGCUCACCAAGCUCGACUGGUUCAAGUCUUUCCGAUGUGCCAGUGCUAAGCCCAAGCAAUGUACGCCUCAAGCGCCGCGGAUCAUCGCCCUUGAAACAUGAAUAUGAGCCGUCAACUGCUUCAGAUUCUUACUCAGAUUCUGACACGUCAACUGUGCGGCGCUAUGACAUGCAGUCGGGGUCAGAAUACUCGGCAACGGACAGCUCCGACGACGACACAGAAGAUGAACUUGCGUCUUUGCCAGCCCGCCAUCUUUCCAAGUCCCAUGUGCAGGAUUCCGUCAUGACCUCUGCCAGCAGUUCCCUGUCAUUGACGAAUGCAGCAUCUGAGGGCGGGUAUAGGUCUGUUCCGUCGCAGCCCGCCAAAUCAUCUGCUGCUAUCGCUGCCGUCUUCGCCUGGUCCGACAAGGGCUCCUGGGAAAGUAUAUUCCCCGAUGAGUGCAAGGUCAUCGUUAGCCCAGGUCUCAUCGAGGCGUACAAUAUGAGCGACGCUCCCAUGGGCAUUGAAGAUGAGGCCACAUUCAAAAAGCUCCGCCCGCUUAUUGCGCUUGAGCUUACCCCCCUUGUUCCUAUCCGACGUGGUACAGCGAUUGACAUCAGCAUCCGCUCUCCACCCACCAAACGAUCCAAGAUAAACUGGAGUAACAACAUCAUGUUCCGCUCACGGAAUGCGGAUGAAUGCGAGGUUCUGUAUGGACUAAUCAACCACGCGCGCAUCAACAAUCCCACCUACAUUGCCUUGCAGAAUGCUAGAGGUCCGUAUGCCGACCAACCUCUUCCAGAAGAGUCCCCCAGUCGGACCGGCGGACUUUUCGGUUGGCCUCGACGCAGGAGGAGUUAUCGUGCAACCACCUCUCCACGAUCGCAGGCCGACAAUUCCGACAGCAGCGUGGGAACCGUGAGCAGUGCUUUUUCGGCCCUCAAGCGCUUUGGCGCUGGAAGCAAAAUGUUUAACAUCUCCCGUUCAUCUCUGACAUCUCGCAAUGGUCAGAAAGAAGACAGCAUCUACUCUGACUCGCUCGGCUCUAAUGCAUCCCCUUCAUCGGGCAUCGGCCGCAUCGCCGCCGCCAUCAAGGGCGUGGACGGAAUCGGGCUGUCCAACGCCAAGAUCCGGCUCUACAUGCGUGAGACGCAGUCCAAAUGGCGCGAUAUGGGUGCUGCCAGACUGACCAUCAUGCCUGCGCCUCCGGAGCCUCGCGAUAUCGGCAGAAGUGAUUCGAACACUUUCUCGGAAGGCACGGACGGUAGUCCCCCUUUCUCCGGGGCCGCAUCUCCCCGUCGAGCGACGGAACCCGAGAAGCGCAUCCUCAUCCGAGGCAAGACCCGCGGCGAGGUGCUCUUGGACGUUUGUCUGGGUGAGAGCUGCUUCGAGCGGGUCGCUCGGACCGGCAUUGCUGUCUCCGUCUGGGAAGAGACCGAGGGCGGCGCCAUGCCCAAAAAGGGCGGCGUCAUGGUGGGAUUUUCGCGGAUCUACAUGAUCCAGAUGAAGAGCGAAGCGGAAGCCGCGUACACAUUUGGACUUGUUGGAAAGUCUAAGUAUUAG